AUGGCGACGCGCUCGCGCGGAUUCCCGCGCGCGGCGCGGCCCGACGUCGUGCGCGCGGCGCAAAAGGACGAGACGCACGCCGCGGCGACGGCCGAGCGACUGCACGACGCGUGCGCGCGCGCGCUCGGACCUCGACUGUCGGUGCGGUGGAAUCGCGCGCUGCGGGCGUGCGGGCGGGCGGCGUACCCGGCGCUGACGUACCUGAGCGGACGCGCGACGCUCGGCGAGGAGUACUGCGACUUGGCGAGCGGGGACGCGCGGGGAAGGAAAUCGAGCGCGCGGGCGCUCUGGACGCGGUUCGUGAUCGAUGCGUUCGGCGAGGAGAUCGCGCGCGAGCUGCGGGGGUGCGUGGUGCGAAAUCACGAACGCGGCGUCGGGCUGGGGGGCGGGGAGACGAGCGCGGCGACGCGAGCGAUGGACGCGAGCGCGAGGACGGCGCUGGCGCUCGUGGGACGACGCGUCGAGCGCGGGAUGGGGGAUGAGACGACGUCGCACGGGCAGGCGAUGAUCGACGCGCGAGGUGGGUUCGCGAACGCGGCGCAUUUGGCGCUGUUUUACGCGAACGGGGAGUAUUACGAUUGGAGCUGCCGAGCGAGCGGGACGAGACGCGCGUUCACGGGGGCGUACGCGGGCGAGGAACGGCCGAGUUACGCGCUGUUAGGCGUGUUCGUGGCGUUUCAACUCGCCGUCGUGACGUGCGAAAACGUCGCGAGCUUCGCGCGCGGGGGCGGGUCGAGCGAGACGUCGGGGGCGCCGUCCGUCGGCGCGCGCGUGCUCGAAUCCGACGGCUCGCCGGCGAUCGAAGCCGCGAUCGUCGCAUCGCCGCGGCUCGACGUCUUCGGUAAUCCCGUCGACGAAGGCGCGUCGGCGUCUCGAAAAUCGAAAUCCACGUCGCCUUUGAUCGCCGCCAAGUGCGCGCUCUGCCUCUCGCCUCGCGAAUCGCCGACGGCGACGCCGUGCGGUCACGUCUUUUGCUGGCGCUGCAUCGCGGGGUGGGCGAGCAAAAAGCCCGAGUGUCCGCUGUGUCGAGCGCCGACCACGCCUCAAAGUCUGGUUCCCCUGAGUAACCUUGCCUAG